AUGGCAGAUCCCCUGCGGGAGCGCACCCGGCAGCUGCUGAUAGACUACCUGCUGUUCUGCGCACGGGAACCAGGCACCCGGGAGCUGCCACCGAGCUCCAGCGAGGCCGCCGUGCUGCGCUCGGUAGCGGCACAGACCCUGCAGCUCCACCAGCCCUUCUUCUCCUCCUUCCGCGGCUACCAGGGCAACAGUCUGGAGCUGCUGUCACAGAUGGCGGAUGUCGUGUUGUCCGACCAGCAAAGCCUCAACUGGGGCAGAGUGGUAGUGCUUGUGGCCUUCGCUGGCAUGCUCCUGGAUCAAAGCCCUUGUAAGAAUACCAAGGGGAGGAAUAGGCUCCAUGUGCUCCGGGACUGCCUUUACAUGGUGGACCUCCUAUGUACUCGCCUCACUGGACGGCACCGUGCUUGGCUGGAAGCUCAGGAUGACUGGGAUGGCUUUUGCCGCUUCUUCAGAAGACCCUUCCCACUGAGUUUUUGGAGGAGACUGCUGCUCCAGAUGUUUUUAUCAUGCUUCUUUGCAAUAGGCAUACUAUAUUUGUGGAAACGAUUAUAA